GUGACUUUUCCUGCGAACAUGGCUGACAAACCAGACGAAAUGUCCUUCUUGCGCAGGAUUUUCCUCGUUUUAAUAAGUUGUUGCGUUUUACUCAAUAAUUUGGUUGAAGCUGUAGUACAAACGGCGAUUAUCGACAAAAACACUGGGCAACUUUCUCUUUUGGAGGGUUACAGAGAAGAUUUCGUGGCCUGGGCUAACUUCACCGACGACAUUCAAACUUCAGGCUGGGCUUUCUUGGAGGUGACAACUAGCAGUGAAUACAAUGAUAGCAUCCAGGCGUAUGCAGCUGGAGCCGUGGAGGCUUCAGUCACAUCUCAGCUUAUCUACAAGCACUGGAUGAACACACUAAUGGGUUACUGUGGACCCUUCUCGAAAGAUUCUGGUUACUGCAAUCGCCUUAAAACUUUCAUCAUGAUGAACCUGCAGUGGAUUCAGGAGCAAAUGGAGAAGGAACCAAAUUCACCAUACUGGUACCAGGUUCGCCUGGCUCUUCUUCAGCUCAAAGGUCUGGAAGACAGUUACAAUGAAGAACUGUCAUUUCCUACUGGCCCAAUAUCAUUUAACCCAUUUGGUUUCCUACUCUUCCAAAUGGGUGGAGAUCUGGAAGACUUGGAAUCGGCUCUGAAUAAAUCCAGCCUGACUCGGCCACUUGGAUCUGGCUCUUGCUCUGCUCUCAUUAAGCUGUUGCCAAACAAUAAGGAUCUACUUGUUGCACAUGACACCUGGAAUACCUAUCAGUCAAUGUUGCGGAUCAUAAAGAAAUACAACUUUUCCUUCAAAGUUUCCCCAUUAGAUAAUCUUAUCCUUCCUGGACGGAUCCAGGCAUUCUCGUCCUACCCUGGGUCUAUUUUUUCUGGAGAUGACUUUUAUAUCCUUAGCAGUGGCCUGGUUACCCUAGAAACCACCAUUGGAAACAACAACCCUGCUCUGUGGAAGUUCGUUCAACCCACAGGCACUGUGAUGGAAUGGCUGAGGAACAUUGUAGCAAACCGCCUGGCAGUUACUGCCAAAGCCUGGGUGGAGUUAUUCAGAAAGUACAACAGUGGCACGUAUAACAACCAGUGGAUGAUCGUGGACUAUAACAACUUUGCUCCAGGGAAGACAGACAUCAUGGAGGACCUAUUUGUCGUAUUGGAGCAAAUUCCGGGUCAAAUUGUUUCUGCUGAUAAAACACAAGAAUUGCUUCAGAAAGGAUACUGGGCAAGUUACAACAUACCGUACUAUGAAGAAAUAUUUAAUGCUAGCGGCUGUAAUGAACUGGUCGAAAAGUUCGGUUCGUGGUUCUCUCUGGACGAGAAUCCGCGUGCUCAGAUAUUCAAAAGAGACCAGAAAGCUGUGACUGAUGUUGCCUCCAUGAUGCGCCUCAUGAGAUAUAAUAACUUUAAAAAAGACCCCUUGUCACGGUGCCAAGGCUGCAAUCCACCUGAGAAUGGCGAGAACGCCAUCUCUGCUCGCUCAGAUCUAAACCCGGCAAAUGGCACUUACCCGUUCGGUGCCUUACGACAAAGAUCCCAUGGAGGAACGGAUAUGAAGCAAGGUUUCGACCUGCAUGGAUGAUCUGGCAACUGCAAUCAAAGAGAGUUGGCACCAAAUUGAUGAAGAAUACUCAUCAAGUCCAUGCCUCAGAGACUGCAAGCUGUCAUGAAAGCCAGAGGUGGUGCUACUAAAUACUAGGGUUGUUCCGAUCAUUUUUUUUUCUCCCGAUCCGAUCCCGAUCGUUUUAGUUUGAGUAUCUGCCUAUUCCGAUAUUUCCCGAUCCGAUUGCGUUUUUUUUUGCUCCUGAUUCAAUUCCAAUCAUUCCCGAUAAUUUUCUCCGAUCAUAUACAUUUUGGCAAUGCAUUGAGAAAAAGAAUGAAUAAAACUCGGACGAAUAUAUACAUUCAACAUACAGUACAUUCAAUAUACAGUACUGUAUUUGUUUAUUAUGACAAUAAAUCCUCAAAAUGGCAUUUACAUUAUUAACAUUCUUUCUGUGAGAGGGAUCCACGGAUAGAAAGACUUUGUAUAUUGUGACUAAAUAUUGCCAUCUAGUGUAUUUGUUCAGCUUUCAGUAAAUGAUACUGUAGGCAUGCCCAAAUGCAUGACGGGAAGUGGAACCAUGACUGUGCGUAGUGCUACCAAUGGAUAUAUCUUCUCUGCGUUGGGAAAUAACAUAAGAUUACCUAACAUACCUUGCUUGCCCACAUUGCUUCCCAUGAUAUUUCUAAUCGUAGGGAGAGGGAUUGUAAGGCUCUAGCCAAUUAAAAAAAGGCUCCAAAGGCUGCCAAAAUUCACUCUACUCAUUUUACGCUGCCUUUUAUCUCUCUAUAUAGGUAAAACGGCGCCAUUACAGAUUGAGCGCGACAAUGCGUGAGUGGGUCGUGCAGCGCAUGCAUUAAUUGCGUUAAAUAUUUUAACGUGAUACAUUUUUUAAAAAAUUAAUUACCGCCGUUAUCGGGAUAAAUUUGAUAACCCUACCUUAAGCCUACACUAAAGACUCUGGAUGAGUGUAACAUAUUAUGUCUGUAACGUUAAAUACAAUUAGAAAACGAUUGAAUUAAAAAAUAAAAAAAAGCAUGGCCGAUAUUUUUUUGCCGAUUCCGAUACUUUGAAAAUGACGUGAUCGGACCCGAUCGAUCGGGACAUCUCUACUAAUUACUAAAUACUACUAAAUACUACAGAUGUGUUUUGAUUGUUAUUUCUUUGUUUGUUUCUCAUGAUUCUAUAUUUUUCUCCUCAGAAUGGAGCGAUUCCAUAAAUAUUUCCCUGCACUUGUUCUAUAAAGUUAACAUUUACUGACCACCGCAAUGUUUUUUAUUCAUUUCUUUUAGAGUUUCUGAAUGCUAAAGAGUUGCACUUUUGAACUAAUUCAUUAUUUUUUCAAGCUUUCUAUCAGAGUUUGUUCAACAUGAUAAAAUGUCUGAGUGAGUGCUCGAGACUGGUGUUUCCAUACUUUUUGCUAGGUGUUGUAUUUUGGUGGAAGAUUUUGAUAACAACUUGGUUCCUUUUUUUUUUUUUUUUAAACAUUGACACCUUU